AAAACAAGUUAUUAAACAAUUAAAAAUGGUAAACGAAUUAACAACCAGUUAAAAAAUCUAAAUUAAAGUUUUACAUACACAGAAUACAGUCUCUUUUCUAAUUCAAUACAAAAAAUAAUCUAUCGAUAUCAAAUGAGUACAGUAAAUUUAAAAUUAGAACAAAUAAAGGAGGAAGACUUCCUCGAUGAAGAGUUUAUUACCGAUGAAAUUAUAAACAAAAACAAAUCUAGGCUAACUGAAUGUGGUCGAAUUUUUCUAGAUUUGGAUAUGAAAACAGUGAGUUUUAGUUGCAUAUUCUGUGCAAUGACUUUUGCAGAAGUAAACAAUUUAAUCGACCACAUAAACAAUAAUCAUAAUGAUGAUCUGAAUUUAUUUUCUUACAAUGCUAACAGCUUCGAAAACACACCCGAUUAUUGUCUGAAAGAUUCUGAAGAAAGCAAUGAUGAAACAGAGACAGAUCCAAGCCAAUCUAAUGAUACCAAUGCAUAUACAAUGACAAACACUAAAAACGAAUUUCAAAUUUGUGACCAAACUUUUGAGUCACAGUUUGAACAUGAGGAACAUCUCCCUAUCCAUACAAAUGACCUUACUUUCCAAUGUGUAGACUGUCCAAAAGCAUUCCAAACAGAAGAAAUGCUUUUUUUCCAUUCGGCCAUACACAGCAGAAGAGAUGACAACUUUGAAUGCAAUCAUUGUGAUCAGAUAUUCGUUAAAAAACGUUACUUAGAAAGCCACUUAAAAUACCAUCUUGGUACCAAUUUAUUUCCCUGCAAAGAAUGUGGAAAAUCAAGUCGUACUGCCCGCCAGCUUAAGAUACACAUGCUGACGCAUACUUCCAAAAGAGAACACAUUUGUGAGGUUUGUGGUAAGUCGUACCGUCUGCGACAUCAUCUUAUUGUACAUCAAAAACAGAAACAUGAAAAUAAGCGUGAUUUCAAGUGUAAUAAAUGUGAUAGGGCUUUUAAUACUAAAAGUUUCUUAAACACACACAAGCUUUCACAUUCGAAGGAAAGAAAACAUGUUUGCAGUACUUGUGGGACAGGAUUCGUGUGGAAAAAGAAUUUUGUUCAGCAUGUUAAAUUGCAUUCGGAUACAAAGGAUUAUGAAUGCGAAUUAUGUGGGAAAACAUUUGCUCAAAAGGCUGGAUUAAUAACUCACAAAAAAUCACAUCUCGACGCUUCUAAUUAUAUAAUAAAUUAGAAAAAAUAAUUGCAAAGUUA